UUUUGUAGAUAAUUAUCCACAUUUAGCGGGCAAACUCCGCGUUGUAUAUAAUGGAACCGCCCAAAUUGUUGGGGGUUGUUUUGACAACCGCCCUUCUCUUCCAUAUCGCUUUAACUGCAAAGCAGGCAGUUGUAUCCAGAAAGUCAAAAUUAUGCGGGAAUGUCGAGUGUGAAGAGGUUCUAUUCAAAGCACGCGUGAAACGGGUGAUGGGCAUCAAUAACGAUCCGAGUUUUCUGAAUUUGGCCGAAAACGCGAUUAUUUCUGUGGUGGCCGUCAAGUUUAGCGAUCGGCCCGAUAUUAUGGAGGGAAAACUCAACGGCGAGGGUUCGAACGGGUUUUUCUACGCCGGAGCCAUCGACAUCAUGCCAUUCGCAGAGUUUUUGCGUACAGCGAUCACUGAUAAGAAGGAGAUGCUCAUGAUCAGUCAAAACCCGGCAGACAUCGGUGAUAAGCGAAUCGUCGGAUUUUUGCACUCGGAAACCGAUUUGGUACGGGAUUUUAACGCUAAAAAUGCUCAAGCGGCUGCGGAGAACGGGCUCCCGGCUCCCGAGCCGAUACCGAUCCCGGAACCAGCUCACACGGGGCACGGACAUAGCCAUGGAGGCCAUGGGCACAGUCACGGAGGUCAUGGACAUUCUCAUGGGCAUCCGGCUCCAACUCCAGCUCCAACUCCGGCUCCAAAACCUAUCGAAGAAGCUCCAAAGCCAGCCGAAGAGCCCGUCAAGCCUGCCGAUCUGGAAAUGGACGCAGAAAUCGAGCGGCUCAUUAAGGAAGAGGAAGAACGCAUGAAAAACGUCGCCGAGCAGCCUCCACUGGUGCUUCAAUCGCUUCCAGAGACCCCAGAAGCCCAGAAACUUCCAGAAGAGCCCCUAGAGCCAGUCACUCCUGAGCCAAUACCAGAAGCUCCGGUUCCAAUUGCUCAAUACAUCCAGGAGCCGACGACAACUCCAGCUCCUCUGGAAGCUCCAGCUCCAGUGGAAAAUGCUCCAAAUCUCCCAACUCCAACCUUUUCUGUGGAUGAUUUGAUGGCUCAAGCGGCUCGAGACGCUUUGAAUUCGAAUUCUAUAGUUCCUGAUGCUCCAAAAGUUGAAGAGCCCGAGCCCGCUCCAACUCCAGCACCAGCUCCAGCCGAAGAUCCAGUUGUAACCCCGGCUCCGGAAGAGCUCACCGGCGUCUGCUACAAAGACGACUGUCAAGGAUUGCAGACACCUCCGCCACCAGCUCCACCGCCACCGGCUCCAGCAGUUCCAGAAGAAGCUCAAGCUCCAACUCCGGCUCCAGAAGAAGCUCCAGAAGCUCAAAUCCCGGCUGAAACUGCCCAAAUUCCACCGGAAAACGCGGUCCCAGAAGCUCCAGAAGAGCCGGCUCCAACCACAACACCACCACCAAUUUCAGCGGGAGAAGCCGAAUUCUUGAAAUGGGAAGAAGCUCGUCAGAAACGAGAAGCCGUCGCUGCUGCUCCGUACGAAGAUGCUCAGGCUCAUCAAUUUGUCGCCUCACCGCCCCCGCACGUCUCCUCGGGGCUCAUUGAGCUCAUUCGUAGCUCUCUUGGGCUCGGGAAUAUCACGGAUUCAUCGGUUUUGCUCGUUGUGAACUUGACGUUUGUAGCUGCGAGUUUUCUGGUUUAUAUCAUUAUCAGAAGCUUGUCGUCGGGCGGAGAAUCUGAUAUUUUGGAUAGACAGGCUCAUUUCGACCUCAUGAACAAGCACAAGCAGCUCCAGCUCCAACUCAAUGCUAAAAUCACCGAAAUCCAGAAUCUACAGGCUAAUGGAGCCGCCGCUCAACGCCCAGAGCAACCGAAUUAUGAGCCAGAGCUUCUUGCAUUGAGACAACAACUUGCUCACCUUCAAUCGGAGCUCCAAACCGCUCAUGCUCAACGUCAGGAAUUCGAGAUUCACUAUCAUCAAAUUCGUGAGCUCGCCGAGCAAAAGGAUCAUCAAAUCGCGCAGCUCACCGAGCAGGCCAACGACUAUCAGGAACGACUCGAAAAAUCGCAAUCCGAGCUCCAAGAGCUGGCUCGUCACGUGGAUUCGGCUCGCGCAGAGCUCAUGGAUAGUCAGACGUCGGAUUACGGUAGACAGCAGGAGCUGAUGGAGAAGCAGGCUGAGCUCGAGCAGAUUUACGUGAAAAUUGAUAAUUUGACGGCGGAGAAUCGAGAUUUGACAGAUAAAAUUGCUCAGCUUCAAGUAUCAGAUAGCCUAGAGCUUGAGGAGCUUGAAGAGCUUAGAAAUAAGAAUUUGGAGCUCCAGGAGCAAGUUAAACAGCUUAAGGAGGAACUCGAAAAGGAGAAGAGUGUUGCUGGAUCUGGAAAUUCGGGUGGAUGGUCGGAUAUUGAUGAUAAUGAAGUUGUUGAAGCUGUGCAACCCAUUGAAACAACUCCAAUUUCAUCAGAAAACUCGGAGAAUUUGAAGAAAUUCGAGGCUGAAAUCGCGGAGCUGAAGGCAAGCUUGGAGAAAACCGAGAAAGAGCUCACAAAGUACCGUAAUCUGUACAACGAGAAGCUCACCGCAAUCAGUGAUAAGGAGAAUCGGAGCCAAAUUGAGAUGGAGCACAAGUUGAAGAACGCAGAGUCGGAUUUACAAGAAGCCAAGCGGCGAGCCGAGGAGAUUGGAGCCGAGAAGAAGGAGCUCAGUGAUCGGCUCAAUGAGAUGCUCAAAAAUUUGAAUCAAAGUAUGCAAAAAUCGGCGGAAAACGACAAAAUGCUUACACAGCUUAGAGAAGAAGCGUUUGCAAAGGAGAAGCAGCUUUUGGAGCAUGAUUCUGUGCUCCGAAAGAAGGAUGAUAAGAUUCGAGAGCUCGACGCAGAGUUUAAACGUGUGAAAAUGGAAUAUGUGAAGCUCGAGACAAAGAGUUUCCACGAUGUUCGAAAGCUUAACAUGGACGUUGAAGAGCUCAAAACUCAGCUCUCAAUGGCUGGAGGUGUCACGAGCUCGCGGAGCAUUCCAGAUCGCCUUGUUUCUCCACUUCAGGAGCCUAUUUGGGAUGAGCCCGAGCCAGCACUGCAGAGAGUUGUUUUACCAUUGGAUGGAUAUUCAUCGAUGAGAAGACGAUCGACACGUCGGAGCCAGUUGCCGUUUGGAGCCGAGUCACCGUCGGAUCAGGAGAAGAAGCAGGCGGCGCCGAGUCAUCGGAGACGAUCGAGAAGUCAUGGAAGGCAGCCACCCAGUUUUCAUGAUCCCUAUUCAAUGAAUCCAUAUCUGCCCGGCUCAUCGGAUUCGAGCUUUAUGAGCACAUCUCAGCCACAAUUCCUUCCGCUUAACCGUCAACACAGUCGAAGUGGACAUUUGAUGAGCAAUUCGGCGAAUGGACCAUAUUCAUCGGGUGGCUCAAACGGUGGACGGAGCCCACCACCAGAGAUGCCGCUGCUCAGCGCGAUUCCACCGCCAGGAGCACGAAAACCGCUUGGCAAACGGCCAGAUUCUGCUCACCAUCUUGGCAAAUAGGACACUGGAUGCUGCUCUUGGAUUUAAAUUUUUUUUUCUUGUAAUUUUCUUCUUUUCUUUUAGAUUUUCUAUAUAUAUAUAUAUAUACCCAUUUUGUUCUCUUCUCUGAAUGUUUUUCCCCUUCAAUUUAUCGAUUUUUUCGAUUUUUCCAACCAAAAAUCGACCAAAAAGUGUCUUAAAUCAUAUCAAAAAGCUCAACUUCGCUUCGUUUUUUCUUGUUUUUUUUAACUUUUCUAGAAUUUUCACCUGAAAUACGAGUUUUCCCACCUCUAAAACCCCCUGUCGCCUUAUUUUAUACCAAAAAUUCAAAAAAUUUGAGGCAGAAAGCGCGCUCCACUGGUAAUUUUCGCGGAAAUGCGAUAAUUAUCACUGGAGCGCACAUGCUCUUUGAAUUUUUAUUGAUUUUUUUCCGACCGAAAAUGUGAUUUUUCUGUGGUUUUUUUUUGUGCUCCCCCCCCCCAGCCGACUAAAAUUGAAAUUAUUUUCUUCGUGUAUAGCUAAAUAAUAUAUAUAUUUAUUUAUUGAUUGGUGUUUUUUUUCUCUGUGAAAAAUGAGUUUUUUUGUGAAAUUUCCGGGUUUUUUUUUUGGUGGUUGUGGUGAUGGUUUUCAUGCCAAUUAUUGUAUUCUAUAAAUUUCCUGGAAUUUUGAAUUU